CUAUAAAGCUAAGCGUUUUGUGGAUACUUCCGAAUAAGCACUUUCAGGUCAGAUCCUGAAAUGAGGGAAGAUGAAGGAAAUGAGGUGUGCUGCUGACUGGUAUACCCCACUAAUCUGAUUUGUUCAGUGUGGUUGACUCUCAAGCCGGUGUGGGAAAAUAUUUCUGGAAGGCCUAAGGAAGCCAUCAUAAAAAUGACCUCGUGUGCAGCAUGGCACAUACUGUGCUUCCCAGGUUUUCCAGUCAGUCUCUGAUACUUUAGCCUCACUAGGGACUCAGGGUCAUCUCUGCUCAGUCAUGCCUAGGUCUGCAACAACUUACCAUACAUUCCCUUUGACAGAGGUUUCUGUUUCCUCUCCUGGUGUCAUUAACCACAGCAGAGGGACCCAGUCUAAACUGUGGAGUUCUGUUCUUAAGAUGAUGCCUCGCAUGGCACUGUGCAAGUUUGCCCCACUGGUUCUGGUGGGAGUUGUGGUUUUUGCAGCAAGUGGGAUCUUAGAAGACCCUCUCUAUGAGUGCCUCCAUGACACUGACUACAGUGAGCUCCUGGACAUUGUGAUGAAAGGUCUCCCUGCUGCUAAGACGCCUCGGCACAUGGCAGUGAUCGGCGGGGGCAUGGCAGGACUGACAGCUGCGAAGGUCUUAGAAGAUGCUGGACAUAAGGUGACCAUACUAGAAGCUAGUGAGCGUAUCGGAGGACGGGUGGAGACCUUCAGGAACAGAAAAGAAGGCUGGUAUGCAGAAGUAGGAGCCAUGAGAAUCCCAAGCUUCCAUAAGAUCCUGCUUACCUUUAUCUCCACAUUACAAAUUCCUCUGAAUCACUUCAUCCAAGAUGACAUCAACACCUACUACUUGGUUAAUGGAAGGCUACACAAAACUUACUCUGUAGAAAAUGACCCCAGUGUGCUCAACUACAGCUUGAAUGACAGAGAGAAGGGGAAGUCAGCUGCUGAACUCUUCAGUCAGACACUCUGGAAGGUGACGGAUGACCUAAAGACACUGGGCUGUAGUGCCAUGUUGAAUAAAUAUGAUUCCUACACAGUGAAGGAAUAUUUGGUUAAGGAGGCCAACCUGAGCCGCGGCGCUCUGAGGAUGAUCGGUGACAUCCUCAAUGAAAACAGCCUCUUCUACAUGUCCUUGAUAGAGAUGCUGUACAUACAGUCGGACAUCAAUGACAACACAGAGUACUUUGAAGUGACAGAUGGUUUUGACCACCUCCCAACAGCUUUCUACCAAGUUCUAAAUGCCACAAUCCUGCUGAACUCCAAGGUGAAGCUAAUUAACCAAACAGGCGGGGCUAAUGUGACAAUAACAUAUGAGGACUGGCGUAACUCAGGUUCAUUGUCAAACAUGACAGUGGACUAUGCCCUUGUUACACCCACAGCCAAGGCCACCCUUUUCAUUGACUUCUACCCCCCUCUGUCUGGUGAUAAAAUGGAGGCCCUGCGCUCUGUUCAUUAUGCCAGCUCCACAAAGGUGGUGCUCAGCUUUAAGAAACGCUUCUGGGAGCAAGAGGGCAUCACAGGAGGGAAAAGCAUUACCGACCGGCCCUCUCGCUUCAUCUACUACCCCAGUCACAGUUUCCCAGGCAUCACUGCAGGGGCCCUCCUGGCUUCCUACACCUGCUCUGAUGACUCCACACUCUUCCAGGGGAUGAGUGAGGAGGAUUUGAUGGCUGUAGCUCUGGAGGACUUGGUGAAAAUCCAUGGGGAGUAUAUCCGACCGCUGUGCACAGGGGGGCUGGUGAAGAAGUGGGGCCUGGACCCAUACAGUCUUGGAGCCUUUGCCCUGUUCACACCGUACCAGCGAGGGCACUACGCCCAAGAACUGUUCCAGAGUGAGGGACGGGUGCACUUUGCUGGGGAGCACACAGCUACUCCUCAUGGGUGGAUUGAAACUGCUAUGAAGUCUGCUCUCAGAGCAGCUAAAAAUAUCAACAGCUUGACUCUGUAGUUUCAGAUCCGUUUAAUAUUUUUUCUUACAAUCUCACCUUUUUUAGAAUUUGUCCAAUGUCUUGAACCCUGGUUCAUUCUCCAUCUGAUGUAAUGUCUGUUUUAUUAUGGUAUGGAGAUAAUUCUGGGUCUCAGUAUCAAUGGUUUAAAGUUUAAGUUGUUAAAGUCUUUUAAAAUCAGUGGUGCUUCUUCCAUGAAUGGCACAUUGGGCAAGCCCCCCCUUCAGUCACCCUUCCACACCCACUACUGCUUCAACAAUACAAACAUCUACAGAAACAAUCCCACUUUUUGUUGAGAUAAAUUCUUCAAAUUUCCCAGUUGAAUGUAACUAAAGGGAGCACCCAGCCAGUCUAGCUAAAGGAAAAGAAGCCGUCUCAAAAUAAAUUCACGCACAUGCCAGCCUAAGUGGGCACUGUGAAUGACAGCAAACACACCCUGAUCUCCCUAUUUGUACCAACAAGCAGGGGUGUCUUCUCGCUACACAGGUGCCAACUCUCUAUUGACUGCACAUGCAAAAAAGCAAUAGAAAACUUGUUCUUGGUACAACUUAAGGAUUAUAUAGUUAUAAAAUAAAUUAUACUUAUUUUUUACAUUGGUGCUCAUCCACCCCAUUUCUAAUGUGUCCCUGGGCAACUGCCCAUAUCAUGAAUAUGCCACUGUUCAAAAUGGCUAAGCUUUUUAAUCAGUAUAAUUAGGUUUUUAACAACUGACUUACUGUCAGUUAUUGAUGAUAUCAGCUCAACUCUGAAUAUUUGCGAAGCAGGGAACAUUAGGGCAAUGAAAAGUACACAUUAUAAACCAGUUUUUUUAUAUUUACAGUAUUUUGCUCAUUUCAGACACUUUUUACUUUCGCAGCUACACCUUUUUCUCGAUUGAAAUUGUGACUUUAAUUCACUAACUCUUAACUUCAUAUGUUUUCAUAUGUAAUGGAACACCAGUAAACAGUCCUUAGGAAAUUAUUGUUAUGUAUCUGAACUAAAAAGGUAUUACCCUUCUUUGCCAGCACUGUACCAUGAAUUCUGUGUUCAUUGAUCUGAAUAACUGACAAUGACCCAUUCCUUGUGUUUAUGUAGUAAAUAAAUGCAGUACUUGA